UUGAGAAGGACUUUUGAUAAGUCAGAAGUAAAAAAAGGAAACCCAAACACCCCUAGGAAACAGAACAGAGGACAAUAGAGAGCAGAUGGAGAAGAGUAAGAAAGCAUCUUCGUUAAGGUGGGGAAUUCUUCGACGAGCCCUAAUUUCUUCUCCAUCUUCCACCACCGACUCAGAUGAUCCAUCUGAAACGAGUGUUUCUAGAAGAGCAAAUUUAGGGUUUGGUUUGAUUCCGUUUCAAUUAGUGGAUAAUGAUCAGCUUAAAUCUGAAGAAUUCAAGCCUUCUUCAUUGUCAAAGGGCAGAGAAGCUUGUGUGUGCUAUACUCUGCCCAAUCAAAGUGCUACCAAGCUAUUCCUGUAUCAGAGAGUGGACAGUUGUGCAAACCUUGAUGAUUUUAGGAUCUGUAACACAUAUGAUAUUGACAACACGGGCCUUGUUUGUUCUUGGCCAUCAGAGGAAGUUCUUGCCUAUUAUUGUUUAUCACAGCUAGACUUAUUCAGGUCUAAAAAGGUCAUUGAACUUGGGUCAGGUUACGGUUUAGCAGGAUUGCUUAUUGCAGCAGUCACAGAAGCAUCAGAAGUAGUGAUAUCCGAUGGAAAUCCUCAAGUAGUUGGUUAUAUUCAACGUAACAUAAAUGCCAAUUCAAGCGUAUUUGGCGGCACAAACGUGAAAUCUAUGAUGCUGCACUGGAAUCAUGAAGAGCUCUCGCAUUUUUCCAACAGCUUUGAUAUCAUUGUUGCAAGUGAUUGCACGUUCUUUAAAGAAUUCCACAAAGGCCUUGUGCAGACUAUCAAAUGCUUGCUGAAGAAGGAAGGGCCCUCAGAAGCCAUAUUUUUGGGGCCUAAAAGGGGAAACUCAUUGGAUGAUUUUCUAAAGGAGGUCAAAGAAAACGGGUUGCGGUUCACUGUAGAUGAAAUGUAUGAUCCAGAAAUUUGGAGACGCCAUGAAAGCUUCAUCAAGAAGAAUGCCACCUGGCCUAACUAUGACAAGGAUCACUGCUACCCUUUAUUGGUCAGAAUUACACUUUAAACUUUUCUGGUUUUAGUCUCUUAGAUUUUUGUUUUCCUUUUUUAUAGUACUUGAAAUUCACCCUUAGUCAUUUGUUUGGGUAUGGAAAAUCUGCAUAAUCUUUGGUUACAUUUUAAUCUAACUAGUUCAAAAGUAAAUGGGUCAAAUUGUCGCAUCUACAACAUCCUUUGUAGUAUCCUUCUUCCUGAACAAAUUAAUGUUUAUUCAUCUUAGUUUGUGAUC